AUGGCCGACCGGCCCGCGGGCCCGGCGGCCGGGGACUGGGAGAUCGACGUGGAGAGCCUGGAGCUGGAGGAGGACGGCCGCGGGCCGCCGCCGCCUACGCCGCCCGGGCCCAGCCCGCCGUCGGCCGACGGGGACGGCGAGGACGACGAGGACGAGGACGAGGACGACGACGCGGAGGAUGAGGGCGACGGCCUGGAGGCGGGCGCUUCCCCGGGGGUGCAGGGCCGGCCGGAGCAGCAGCGGGGAGCGCCGCGGGGGCCGACCCCCGCGCCGCAGGCCUCGCCGGCGCCGGCCGGACCCCCGGAGCGCGGCGCGAACGCGGGCGGCGGCGCGGAGCCGCGCAAGCUCAGCCGCACGCCCAAGUGCGCGCGCUGCCGCAACCACGGCGUGGUGUCCUGCCUCAAGGGCCACAAGCGCUUCUGCCGCUGGCGCGACUGCCAGUGCGCCAACUGCCUGCUGGUGGUGGAGCGCCAGCGCGUCAUGGCCGCCCAGGUGGCGCUCCGGAGGCAGCAGGCCACCGAGGACAAGAAGGGGCUUUCCGGGAAACAGAAUAAUUUCGAGCGCAAAGCCGUGUAUCAGAGGCAAGUCAGGGCACCCAGUUUGCUGGCCAAAAGCAUUUUAGAAGGCUACCGCCCAAUUCCAGCAGAGACUUAUGUGGGAGGGAGCUUACCCCUACCUCCCCCGGUAAGUGACCGGAUGAGGAAAAGGCGAGCCUUUGCUGAUAAAGAGUUGGAGAACAUUAUGCUGGAGAGAGAAUAUAAAGAGAGGGAGAUGCUGGAAGCUUCCCAAGCUGCUGCCUUGUUCCUGCCCAACCGUAUGGUGCACGGACCUGAAUAUAACUCCUACAAAAGUGCCUAUAGCCCCACCCCAGUGGAGCCUCCAAACAAAGACUUCUGCAAUUUUUUGCCCACCUGCCUUGAUCUAACCAUGCAGUAUUCAGGCUCUGGGAAUAUGGAACUCAUCUCUUCCAACGUCAGCGUGGCUACGACUUACAGACAGUAUCCCUUGUCCUCAAGAUUUUUAGUUUGGCCCAAGUGUGGCCCCAUUAGUGACACUCUUCUUUAUCAGCAAUGCCUGCUAAACACCACCACCUCGGUUCAAGCCCUGAAACCCGGGGCCAGCUGGGACUUGAAGGGAGUGCGAGUCCAGGAUGGCCUUGUCACAGAGCACGACAUGGUACCACCCAAACUAGAAGGCUCGCUGGUGUCGCCUCAUGCUGCAGAGGUCCAGACCUCCAGAAGUGACCUUCACGGUCACCAGGCUGUCCCUGAGAGGUCUGCGUUCUCCCCACCCCAACGGAAUUUCUCUCCCAUUGUUGACACGGACUCCCUGGCGGCUCAAGGGCACGUCUUAACCAAGAUCAGCAAAGAAAGCACCAGGCACCCUGUGCCACUUAAACAUAAUCCAUUCCAUUCAUUAUUCCAGCAAACUCUUAAUGACACAUCAGGCCCUGAGCUGAAAACGCCAUUUGUCAAAGGGGCCUUUGAAGACGCCCCUAAGAAGCCCAGAGAGUGUUUAGUCAAGGAGAACCAGAAGUACACAUUUACAAUAGAUAGAUACGCGAAAGACCUUUUCGUCGCCAAGCAAGUUGGAACAAAACUCUCUGUGAAUGAACCCCUGUCAUUUUCUGUGGAGUCUAUUCUGAAGAGGCCUUCAUCUGCCAUCACUCACGUCUCUCAGUGA